UAGUUUGCUUUUGUGAGUCAUUUAUUUAGUCUGUCGCUUUUUAUUGUUGAAAUUUUCAUUUUUCCGUAGUUUUUCUAAUGAUUAAACCACAACGUCGUACUCUGUGAUAAACAAUGAACUACAAAAAUUUUACCGUAAAUUAAGAGGCCUCGAAAUGUGACCAAAAGUGCUUAAUAAUGUUAUAGCUGACAACAUGGUUUCUUUUUCUCAGUAGUGCUCUAAUUUAACAAUAAUUUUCUAUUUCGAUAUAUUUAGGAAGAUGUUAGUGUUGUUUUUUGAUUUGUGACGGCCCCCUUUCAACAAAUCAUUAUGGAAUCUAUCAGAAAGUGGUUAUACAAGCCAAAGAAAGACGACAAAUCCCUCUUGGCCCAAUUUUUCUACGCCGACGACGAGCUCAACAACGUUGUCAACGAACUGGACAGCUUCGAUGGCAGAAAGGACCCCGAGCGAUGCACGACACUGGUCAAUCAAUUGCGACAGGCCCAGGACAAGGUCUUGACCAUUACCAACGCCAUCAUGGACGUGCUCAUCGGGGACGAGAGAGCCAACAGGGAUUUCAGGGUGAAGUUUCCGGAGGACGUCCUUCAGGAGAAUCUGGCAGGACAGCUGUGGUUUGGAGCUGACUGCUUGGCAGCGGGUUCCUCCAUAAUGAACCGAGAACAAGAAAGCUGCGCCAUGCGACCUCUAGCUAAAGCCGUCACCAAGAGCCUAGAAAACGUGCGCAACCUUCUACGCGCCACGUGCCUGCGCAACAAUACCCCCAACGGACCAAUCACACUCGACUCCAACGAACAAGACACGGAGAUGUUGUUGGAAAGCCUGAAGAUAUUCGACAGACUCUUCGCCGAGUUCGAACUAGCCUACGUCAGCGCCAUGGUACCCGUCAAAUCCAUGCAGGAAUACGAGCUGCAGGAGCUUAUAGGCGUGCUGUUUUCGGAGACGUUGCAGAGGGCGCUCAAGAUGAAGCUGUUGACGCAAGACAUGAUUGACGACUGUGAUCCCGCCUUAAUGUUCACCAUUCCCCGUUUAGCGAUAGUCAGCGGGCUGUUGAUAUUCCCGAACGGACCUCUUUGCAUAGACAGACCCAUAGAAGACAUGAGUGAAAUGUUUAGGCCUUUUAGGACACUGUUACACAAAAUUCGGGAGUUACUGUUCACGUUAAACAAGCUAGAACUGUAUAGAUUAGAAAAACUGUUGUGUGAUAACGAACAAAUUGACGAUGUUAAAUCUGUUAGUGACUUGGGUGUUGAUAACGAACUUUUAGAAUUCAUAAGUCCCUUUUAUAACGACUACACCUUAUGCCAAGAUUCUCUUACUAAUUAUCUGAAGACCGAUAGCGAGAAGCCUACAGCUUACAAAAAGACGACUGCUCUGGAUUGGUUUGCCGAGCACGAUAUCGUGGACGACGGAUUACCUUCUACAUCUGGAUACCUCAUUCCUACAAACGUUCUACACAAUACCAUCAUAGCAGCAAACACGAAUUCCCACACAUCGAUCAGUAGGCUGGAUUCUCCACCAGACCAUGAUUCCUUGGAGAUAAUUUCUGUGGCAGCUGCUACCCUUUCGUCCAUUUUGACCACCCAGGAUGCUAUUCCCGGCAAAGAUGAAGCCAAAAAAAGUACCGUAGAAGAUCUAGAAUCACCAGAUGAUUCCGGAAUAUGUACGGAAAAUACUAGUCUCGAUAGGUCACCCAGUCUAGAUCUUAACGAAUCAAAAAAUUGCAGUUGUGUUAACAAUGCCUGCGCCACGAUUUGUAACUGUAAUUCCAAGCAAUCAAAAGACGACGCAACUCUUAAGAAGUCACAUAGCCAUCAUCCAAAACUAAUGCCUAAAUCUUCGUUUCCCACUAGAAAGAAGAAAGGCGGCAAUCGGACGAAAAACGUCAUCGAAGAAGAUUUUUCGAGUUCUGGAAGUUCUGAGACGUCAUCUUUUAAUAGCACGUGCGCUGACGAUGAAGAAAUUGCCAUGGCUAUGCAAGCAGCAGAAUUGGCUACCAAGAACGAAGUUAGAGCGAAAUAUAAAUCCAGCGAAGACUUACUACACCGCUUAUUCGUAUGCAUAGCCGGCGUGGCUGACCAACUGCAGACGAACUUCGCUUGUGACUUGCGCAACAUCCUGAAAGCUGUUUUCCUCAUCAACGCCGGUGAUGCCCUUCCGGACCCACCACCCAAAAGCAUAGAACCCUCUAAUCCGAUAGAAAAUUCCAUAGAGUAUCAUCCCUUAGAGCACGAAGUGAUACAGAACAACAACGAAUUUUCUGUGGAUCCCGGUAUACUGGCUCAAGAGGCGCUUUUCGAUUCCAAUAUUUAUUUCCACUUGGACACUGACGAUGAGUGUCAGGAGUAUGUGAAUCGUCGAAGACAGCAACAAGAAACCGAAGAAAGGGAUAUCAGUUCUCUUACUGCAGACUUAAACAGGUUGGCCUCGUUCCGCGAAGAAAUAGCCAGCUUGCAUCCCAACGAAGUCUCUCAAAACGAACCCGACACCAUCGUCUGCACCGACGCCCCAGACUAUUCCCGCCCGCCCAUCUGGAUCCCCGACGUCGAAGCCCCCAAGUGCAUGAGCUGCCGCGUCAACUUCACGGUGGUCAAACGACGCCAUCAUUGCCGCAACUGUGGCAAAGUGUUCUGUGCUCGAUGCUCCUCCAAUAGCGUUCCCUUGCCGAAAUUCGGACUCACCAAACCCGUUCGGGUGUGCAAUAAAUGUUUUAUAUACAAUUUGACGCCGUUUACUGUGUAAAACGGACUAUUUUGGACUGUUGACUCGGUUAAAUCGACCGGAAAAUGCUUGUCUGGGAUCUGUCACUUGUCAUCUGUCAUUACUAACCUUGAAAUCUAUCAUUUUGAGUAAUUUAUGACAGUUGUUGUGUCACAUGUCGUAAAUUUCAUUACUAAUUUUAAAAAUAGAUUAUUAAACAAUAAUUUCAUAUUAUUUAUCUCUUUAAUUGGCAUUUUUUGUGCCAAUAAAGAUAUAAUAGGAGGAAAAAUAAAUUUUAAUAAAUAAAAAAUAAU